AGAGAGCGAGAGAGAGCGAGAGAGCGAGCUGUGAGCUCGGCUGCUGCCGCUGCUGCCCUUUGAUCCCUGCAUUAGUGUUAGGGGCUUGGAGACACACAGAGAGCGGCCAUAGACACCGCCGCACCAGGGCUCAUUAUCUACCCCACACAUAACACACAAGCAUAGGACCCACACAUACAUACACAGAGACACCACUAAGCAGAUCCAUUGAAGAAUAUAUACGAUCGGGGACAAGCCAGGUGCACGACCAAAAAAAAAAAAAAAGGAGGAGGGGGGGAGAGGUUGGAAAGGAAAAAAAAAAAAAGAAAGAAAAGAAGAAAACCCCUCUUCUGGCUUCAGGAGACCAGCUUCAACCCACUGCCCAGGGCUGCGAGAAGGGAUUCCCCCUGCUCUUCUCUCUCCCGGCUCCCCGCCUGCCUCGCCUGCCGCUGCCCGGGUCUGCCUCGGUGCCCCCACGGGGGUUUUAUUUGAUCUCCCAUUACCCAAGGAGGAGAAUGUGAGAAAAGGGGGAAAAUGCCCAGGAGGAAGCAGGAGCAGCCCAAGCGCCUUCCCUCACAUGGUAGUAGACAGGAAGACGCAGAAGGAGAAAUUAGUGAGGAAGAACAUUGGUUUGGAAACUCUUCGGAGACCCCAUCAGAAGCAUCCUAUGGAGAAGUCCAGGAGAAUUAUAAACUUUCUCUCGAGGACAGAAUCCAAGAGCAAUCAACUUCCCCGGACACUUCCUUGGGAAGUGCGACCCCCAGUAGCAAUACCUUGGAGCUGAUAGCUCUGGAAAGUGAGGCCCUACGAGACCCAUUACAGUGUCAAGGUCACCUUUCUCCUGGUGUGUCUUCUUUGUGUGAUGAUGAUACCCCUGGUUCAAACAAGCCUCUGAGCAGCAAUCUGAGGAGGCUGUUGGAGGCUGGUUCCCUCAAACUAGAUGCCACAGUCACCGCCAAUGGCCGAGUGGAGUCUCCAGUCAACCUUGGCUCAAAUCUCUCCUUUUCUCCACCAUCUCAUCAUGCCCAACAGCUAAGUGUUCUUGCUAGAAAGCUGGCUGAGAAGCAAGAACAGAAUGACCAAUACAUUGCUGGUAAUCGCUUCAUAUGGAAUCAAGGCAAAUGGCUGCCAAACUCAACCAACACCUGCGGCUUGUCGCCUGAUUCUGCCAUCCUCAAGUUGAAAGCAGCAGCCAACGCUGUCCUCCAGGACAAAUCUCUCACGCGGACUGAGGAGACGAUGCGGUUCGAAUCCUUCCCUUCACCGUUCAGCUCCCAGUCUGCCAGUUCCACUUUGGCAGCUUUAUCCAAGAAAGUGAGUGAGAGAAGCUUGACCCCUGGGCAGGAGCACCCUCCCCCUGCCAGCUCUUUUCUCUCUCUGGCUUCUAUGACCUCCUCAGCAGCUCUUCUGAAAGAGGUCGCUGCAAGAGCUGCUGGGAGUCUUUUGGCCGAGAAGUCUUCACUGGUGCCUGAAGAUCCUUUGCCGCCUCAGCCUUUGGAGAAAAAACAAGAAAAAGGAACCCCACCCCAGUCCUUGGAGUUACUGUUGCUCCCCGUACCCAAGGGAAGGGUUUCAAAACCCACAAAUCCAGCCCCAGAAGAAGAAGGAGGAAAACCUUUCCAGUGCCCGAUAUGUGGUUUGGUUAUAAAACGGAAGAGUUACUGGAAGCGGCAUAUGGUGAUUCACACCGGUUUAAAAAGUCACCAGUGCCCUCUCUGUCCAUUCCGGUGUGCCCGCAAGGACAAUCUCAAAUCCCAUAUGAAGGUUCAUCAACACCAGGACCGAGGCGAGACCUUCCAGUGCCAGCUAUGUCCUUUUACCUCCUCCCGUCACUUUAGCCUAAAGCUCCACAUGCGAUGCCACCAGCACUUCCUGAGGACAGAAGCCAAGGUGAAGGAGGAGAUCCCAGAAACAGAUGUGAAGGGGUCCCCGCAGCUCAGUGAGAGUGCCUGUCUGGGACAGCAAAGAGAAGGAGCAGGCACAGAGUUAGUGGGGACUCCAGUCCUGUCUAGAACUCCAGAAAGGACUAGCCAGAGCAGUACUGGUAUUCCACCUUUGCUGGUCAAGGAAGAGCCCAAGGAAGAUAAUGGCCUGUCCCCUUCUUUUACCCUGAAUGUUGCCGAUAGACCCAUGAACAACACAAAAUUGAAAGACACCUCAGACUACGUAGCCAACACCGCGUCAGCGUUGUUCAGCCAAGACAUCUCCGUGAAGAUGGCAUCGGACUUUCUCAUGAAGCUGUCAGCGGCAAAUCAGAAGGAGCCCAUGACUCUUACAUUGAAAGUGAAAGAGGAGCCGAAGGACGAGGAAGUUCUGAGUUCCACAUUGCCUCAGUCCAGCUAUGUGUUCAGGCCGGGAUCCGAAGUGUCAGCCUCCAGCCUCCCCGAGGACACGAUGAAGCCACAGGAAGGGCUAAGGAGGGAUAUGUCUGUCAAAGCAGCAUCAGAGCUUCUUAUGAAGCUAUCAGCUGAAAGCUACAAGGAAACACAGGCAGUGAAGAUCAAAGAGGAGCCCAUGGAAGUUGACAUCCAUGACUCCCGGGCCUCGAUAUCACCAAGCCGGAAUGUGGGCUAUAGCACUUUAUUAGGGCGAGAGAAAACCGAACCCUUACAAAAGAUGCCAGAGGGCAGACUGGGCCCUGAAAGGAGCCUCUUCAGUCAGGAUAUUUCUGUGAAGAUGGCUUCAGAGCUCCUCUUCCAACUGUCAGAAAAGGUGAGCAAAGAGCACAAUCAUACUAAAGAGAACACCAUCCGGACUACCACGAGCCCUUUCUUUUCGGAAGAUUCAUUUAGACAAUCACCAUUCACCUCCAAUUCAAAAGAUCUGCUGCCCAGCGAGUCUGUGCUCCACACGAGAACAUCGGCCCCAGAAACAGACAAGAUAGGGUUGGAGGCAGGAAAUGGAUUACCAUCCUGGAAAUUCAAUGACCAGCUUUUUCCCUGCGACGUAUGUGGGAAAGUGUUUGGCCGACAGCAGACGUUGUCCCGACAUCUCUCACUGCACACAGAGGAGAGAAAAUUCAAAUGCCACUUGUGCCCCUAUGCGGCUAAGUGCCGUGCAAACCUGAACCAGCACCUGACUGUCCAUGCCGUGAAGCUGGUGAGCACUGACACCGAGGACAUUGUCAGCGCCGUCACUUCGGAAGGCAGUGAUGGAAGGAAGCACCCUUAUUAUUACAGUUGUCACGUGUGUGGUUUUGAGACCGAGCUCAAUGUCCAGUUUGUCAGUCAUAUGUCCCUCCACGUGGACAAGGAACAGUGGAUGUUUUCAAUCUGCUGCACCGCCUGCGACUUUGUCACCAUGGAAGAGGCUGAUAUUAAGGCUCACAUCAGCGCCAAGCACACAGGGGAAGAGAGAAAGACUCCCAGUGAAUCCAACAGUCCUUCUUCAUCUUCUCUGUCGGCACUUAGUGAUUCAGCUAACAGCAAAGAUGACUCGGACGUCACCCAGAAAAACAAGGGAGGCAACAACCUCCUGGUCAUUUCCGUAGUGCCUGGGAGCCAGUCCUUAAUGAACACGGAAGAAAAGUCAGAGAAAGGGUUCGAAUGUGUUUUCUGCAACUUCGUCUGCAAGACGAAGAACAUGUUUGAACGCCACCUGCAGAUCCACCUUAUCACACGGAUGUUUGAGUGUGACGUGUGCCACAAGUUUAUGAAGACUCCCGAGCAGCUGCUGGAGCACAAGAAGUGCCACACUGUCCCCACUGGUGGGCUCAAGUGCCCAUUCUGCAUUUACUCCACCAACCGCCCCGCAGCCAUGGAGUGCCACCUGAAGACCCACUACAAGAUGGAGUACAAGUGCCGGAUCUGCCAGAUGGUCAAGGCCAACCAGCUGGAGCUGGAGAUGCACAUUCGGGAGCAUCGCCUUGGCAACCACUACAAAUGCGACCAGUGUGGCUACCUGUCCAAGACAGCCAACAAGCUCAUCGAGCAUGUGCGUGUCCACACCGGCGAGCGGCCCUUCCACUGUGACCAGUGCAGCUACAGCUGCAAGCGCAAAGACAAUCUCAACCUGCACAAGAAGCUGAAACACGCCCCGCGCCAGACCUUCAGCUGCGACGAGUGCCUGUUCAAGACCACCCACCCCUUCGUCUUCAGCCGCCACGUGAAGAAACACCAGAAUGGGGGGGACUGUGUGGAGGAGGAGAAGAAGGGCCAGAGUCCAGCCCCCAAGGACCCCACUCCCGGGGGUCCCCUCCUUGUGGUGGGGAGGUCCCGGAACCUUUUGUCUCCCCUCUCGAUCAUGUCCGCCUCCCAGGCCUUGCAGACAGUGGCACUGUCAGCUGCCCACGGCAGCAGCUCAGAACCCAACCUGGCGUUCAAGGCCUUGGCUAUCAACGGCUCCUCUUUGCGCUUUGAUAAGUAUCGGAACUCGGAUUUUGCCCAUCUGAUUCCCUUGACGAUGCUUUACCCCAAGAACCACUCGGAUCUCACAUUCCACCCUCCCCGACCUCAGACUGCACCUCCUAGCAUCACCUCACCCAAACACUCCUUCCUUGCCUAUCUCGGAUUGACAGAAAGGGCAGAGACUGUCUGAGGGCAGCCUUGUUUCUGUACCAAAAACCAACACACACACACACACACUCUCACACACACCACAACUCCAGCAGGUAUGUGUUGCUACAAAACCCAGAGACAGACAGGGGUCUGUACCCUGUGUACUGAAUAUCAUUCAUGAGGUUUAGAGAAGUGGCCCUCUGAGUGUGCUCAUUGCAUUGACGCGAAAGCUGCUUGAUUCAGCCUUCAGAGAGGUGACCUGUUGCAUUCUCCUACCUUCAGAGGCAUGUCUUCCCUCCACCCCCUUCCCUGCCCCUCGCUUUUAUCUUGAAGAAAUUUUGCCUCGUUAGUCAAAGGCUGACGAGAGUGUCCUCAAUGGCAAUCAGCACUUGUAAGGUGACAUACUGGUGCAUUUUCUUUUUGUUUGGGUGAGUUGGCUGCGUGAGUGAGCGUGAGUGCUUGUUGGCAAAGUGAGACUGUGUCGGCUCACGGGCCACACCGUUUCUUUUGCCUGUUCUUUGUCCUGGCUUAUUUCCUGAGGAGGAGCUUGUUUUCCUCGGUGAGUUGGUACAUUGCCCUCGCCUCUUUCCCCAGGGUCCUUCGACACCUUCCCCUCUAUAGUUCUGAGCACCAGGAUUGUAGGGCCCAGGGCUUGAGCUGACGAAGGGAUUGACCAGCCUCUUCAGUAUUGCCUGAGAUUUCUAACAGAACAUCGAGUCUUACCCUCUGAUCUUCACUGGCUCUGAAGGUGAGGGGAUGGGGCAGUCCAUCUGGAAGAAAUAACUCAGCACUGCAGCUGAUGCCACCCAAAGCACCGCACGUGGGUGUCCACGCACACACCCACGUGGAUGCACACCCCUGGAUACAAUCUUUUUGGUAAGGGCUCCAGAGAGUGCGACUUUUUGAAAGGGCCAAUCAGAUAGAUCCCACAUUAAUGCAAUGGUUAUCUUUUUGUUUGCAGGAACCAUUUGGUAUGAGUGAAAAAUUGGAUGUUGGUUAUAACCAGCCAAGGGGAGUAAAAUGGGGUUUGGAUAAAUUCUGGGUAUAAAUGCUCAGACUAAAAAAACAAAAGGCAGGUUUGCACAGUGCUUUUAGACUUGCACUAGCUUGUGUUUCUCAUCUGAAAAACAAAAGGGAAGGAAAGGAAAGGAAAAGAGGAAAAAAUGGACCUGUACUUUGGAAUGGAGACUGUGUCAGAAAAGUUAAUUUAAAACUUCUUUAAAAUAUAAAGACACAACAAAAGGUGCUGUUUGAACAUACUGUUCAGUUCUAUGCCCCUCCCCACCCCCAGCAAAAAAAAAAGUCUCAGUUGUAUUUGCAGAUCUUCUGGCUAUAUGUAUAUUCUCCUCCAUGUUAUCGGUAAAAACUGUAUUCCAUUUCGUUAACACCUGGUAGGACCAUACCCUGCUAGGAAGCUAACUUUAGACUUAUUUAAAGCUCUUAUUUUGUGGUCAUUAAAAUGACAACUUAUACGCAGCACUUUAUUGUAGCAAGAAGCAGAUGUGGAUUGGUUGCGGAACCCUUUGUUGAUCUGGGAAGGCAACAGGUGAUUUUAAAAGAAAAUCUUUGAGUAUUUUCAUUGCUUUUGUAUUUUUAAGACAACAGGAUUUCCAGUGUGAAACAGGCCUAAAGAGCAGGAAAGAAAUGUGCUUUGUAUAGUAAUGGGAAGUCUAGAAAAUGAAUUUUUUUAUAUAUAUAUAUAUAUAUAUAUUAUUUAUCUCUUGAAAGGAGCUGGUGUACAGGAGGGAUGCUUUCUUAUUAUGUUGCUGUUUUCCCACAGUGUGCUAGCCUAGAAUUGGGAUUUGGUUUGGUUUUGUUUUUUUUGUUUAUUUGUUUGUUUUUUGUUUUUUUCAUCUGUUUCACCAGGAAAAAUAAAGUAGCUCUAAUUUUUCUUCCUCCAGGCAAUUCCCUUUACUGACUGCCACCUUGAACUUGGUACAGUUCUACAGGAAGCCAGAUGACUGUACUGUCUAAUCCUCACUGUAGGCUGCCCCUUUCCCAAUCUCUUACCUUUCCCCACCCCCUGGCAGGCAUGUUCCAGUCCCCUAGGGGGAAAGCCUGUUCUGUGCACUAGGUGAGCCUGUUUACACUAAGGAGAAGGGUAGACAGGGGCUGGAGGGAGGGCUUCAGAAGGUAAGGAGGAUGAGGCUCCUGUCUGCUCCUCCCCCCCCCACCUCCCCCAGCCAUUUUUCCUCAGUUUUGUUCUUAGCAAGUGGCCAUUGGAGGUCUGGGAUUUGACCUUGCCACGGCAAUGUUUCUCAGUUGAAAAUGCAGUACAUACACUCCAAGAAAUCCUGGGGCAGCUGGG